AUGGUGGAGGGUAGCAAACAAAACGGUGUUGAAGGUGGUGGAAGAAGAGCAAGCAGCGUACAGGGAGUACAGAGUCAGAGAGGUAGAGGCGGUUCGAAAGGUGGGGAGUCCAGGGUACCCCCGCCGGACUCGGUGCGCAAGGAGGCCUCUUUCGAAGUAGGGGCCCCUGUCGGUCCCCGCGGCGCCGUUGGCGGUUGCAGCACCCCCGGCAGUAGAGUGGAUCCCUGGUGGAAUCCUGGUUCCCUCUUCCCCUCGACCCCUGGGCCCCCAAGGAUCGACGAGGGGGCACCGGAUAACGGUAGCGGUGGUUUUCAGUUCUGCGGUCCGCCGAAUCGUAACGCGAAUAGUCCGCAGCAUCAUCACCAUUCGGAUCAACGACAGCAUACGUCGCAGCAGCAGCAGCAGCAGUCGAACGCGGGCAGAAACGUUUGCUACGGGAGCUCGUCGGGUUCGUCGAGCCUCGGUCACGCGGACACGGUAGCGCGGGGCGCCGAUGCCGUGAAUUCGCCUGGCAGCGUGUACGGCAUCGCCUCGUCGUCGCCCUCGUCCUCGAGCAACCUGAUCUUAUCCGCCCUGCUAACCACCACGUCGUCGUCUAGCCACGCGCGAACCGGUGGCGGCGGUGGUGGUCCGUCGACGAGUCACGCGUCGACGAUCACUCGCAACGUCACGUCCGCCGAUUCCCUAAACGGAAUCCUGUCGUCCCUAAACGUACGGAUCAAGACGGAGGACUCGAAAGUCCGCGAGGAACGAAGAACGACAAGCGCGAGCAUAUCAGCGUCAUCGUCGUUGUCUUCGUCCUCGAGCUUCAACGCCUCUUUGCUCAGCUCGUUGCUGUCCACCUCGCGAAUCUCGCAGAGGAACGAAUCCAGCGACGAGGACAUCCUUUCGAGGUCUAUCAAGCUCGAAUACCCGUCUAAUCAACAACAAUCGCAGGAGUUGCAACAGGAGCAACCUGUGCGCGAUAUCAAAGUAGAAUAUCCCCUCAGCCAAUCGUCGCAGGACGUUCUGGACACGGAGGAAGAGGAAUUAACUGCCACGUCGCCGUACGAUAUCAUAUCCACCGGGAAUCCUAGGUGUCUGCCGCCCAAGCAGACGAAAACUCAACCAGGUUCCCUGGUGAAGGACGUGAUCGGGCCACCCUGUCCAGCCGGCGUGUCGCCCACACCAGACAUAGUGAUCGAGAUGAAGUACGAAACGCAAUCGGGUCCACCCGCGGCACCGCCGCAUCUAACUUCCUCCGGGGUCGAGCCUCCUCACAGUAGCCAAGGAACUGGGAUCGUCGUCGGUGGUUCACCAGCCGAAGUCGUCGGCGUAGACAGUCUUUUACUAUCGCCUUGGGGCGCGACUGGACCGGAUUUCCUGGAGCCUCCCGACGUUAAGCAAACGGCAGCUGGUCUGCAGGACGCUUGGGACACUCUUCUCCUGGGUUCCUCCGUGGGCGUCGCCUCGGCGCAGUCGUUGGCGGAGCUCAAGCCUCUUCCACCGUUUACUGGCUACACCGGACACCUUAGCAUCAACGGAAUACCUGGUCACCAUUAUCACACGAUAGCCUCUUCCGCGCAAAGACCUUCGUUGCCUUCUUCCUCGCCCACAUCCUCCUCGAACCAAGAAUAUUACGAAUCUUCCGUCGUAUCCUCCAGCACGCCGUGUCCCCAAGGUAGCCAGAAACAACAACAGCACCAUCAUCAUCAUCAGCAACAGCAGCAACAGCAGCAGCAGCAACAACAGCAGCAGCAGCACCAUCAUCAUCACCAUCAACAACAACAGUUGCCACAAUCGACGCAACAGGUGGAUUACGAUAUCGAAGAUAUCGCGGAGAUUAUUGGUUCCGCGAUAGCAGACACGACAGUGCCCGGUGGUGGAAACGGCGCGGGGUCAGAGCACGACCCCGAUGCGUCUCGCGAUUGGAUCGACAUCGCGGAAUGGAUAGACACUGCGUGUUCGCCGAAAGCUCAGGAGACCACGUCGCCCAGCCCGUACUCGCAGAUCUACGCAACGGCGACGCCGUCCACGCAACAGCAACAUGGCUCGACAUUGCAGAGUUUGUUAACGCACGGUUACGCACCCUUACUGAACGCCAGGUUACAGUCGGCGAAUGCGGGACUUCAGAAUGCUUCCUGUGGCGAGACUCCCUCGUCGACGAGUCCUUAUCCACCCGUGAGUCCACCCGGAAGAGUGUCGACAUCGUGCAGUCCGGAUCAUCUUCUACAUUCGUCGUUCGCUGCACCUUCGCAUCCUAGAAAGAGGUCAAGGCCCGCGCCAGGGUCGCAGAAUCCCUCGAAGAAGAGUCCAGGUACGGGCGCGACCGCGUUACCGUACGGUACGGAGUCUGGUCUGAUCGGCGGCAAGGAGAAGCCUGUCCACAGGUGUUCGAUUUGUAACCGAGGAUUCCUGAACAAGAGCAAUAUCAAGGUUCACCUGAGAACGCACACAGGCGAGAAACCGUUCAGGUGCGAGGUGUGCGGCAAAGCGUUCAGACAAAAGGCGCAUUUGAUCAAGCACCAGCAGAUUCACAAGAGGAUCGGUAGGGACUAGGAUUCAGUGGAACCGUCUCUCUCCAGAGGAGAAUGUUUCGUACCUAAUUGAAUUACCGUAAGUACCUAUGACGAAGUAUAGAAGAGCUAAGAGGUAAAUCGUCUUACGGAUGAUGAAGAUCAACGGUAAAAUAAUAGAACCUGUUGGAUCUUAAACCAUGAGCCAGCUUACUCUUAUCAAAAAUAGAUACCGUCCCGAACGCGAUACGAGAAAAGUUGGGUGCAAUAACGAUAGACAGGAUCUCGUACACAGGGGUAUGAAACCUUCCAUCGGGAUUCGAUUUCCUCGAAAGAGGGAACGCAGUAGUUUUUACAACGGGCCAUGGAUUGACGAUGGAUACA